AUGACUACCAACAUCCCCGAAAUCCUCCUGCUCUGCAUGGACAGCGACUUCAUAACCGCCUUCAACGCAGCAAUGACAGCAACCUGGCCAGACCACACUUCAUCCCAAAUAAAGAUUACCCCAAUAAAUGAGCGUCUCAACUCCCUCCCGCAGGACACAACGUUUGACCUAAUAGUCUCCCCAGCAAACUCCUACGGCCGCCUCGACGGCGCCUUCGACCACGCCAUCUCAACAAUUUUUAGCCCGCGCCGUGACUACCACGCACUCACGAGCGCCGCGCAGUCAGUCCUGUACGAGAAAUGGCGCGGCUUUGCGCCGCCCGGCUCGUGCACGCUUGUUCCGUUCCCGGAUGCGCUGAAGGCUAACAAGCACCAAUGUGCUUGGGUGGCGAUUUGUCCGACGAUGCGCUCGCCCGGGAGUGCAACCUGGGACCGGGAGGUUGUUUAUGAGUGUGUGUGGAGCUUGCUUUGUCAGAUUGAGGGGUUUAAUCGGGGACUUGGAGAUGGGGAGGGGAGGAUUGGGAGGAUUCUUAUGGCGCCAUUGGCUGCGGGCAUUGGAAAGGUUAGUAAGGAGAGGUGGGCGAUGCAGACUGUGCUUGCACUGAAGCAUUUUGUUGAUGCGCUUGAGAGGCCUGGGAGGUGGGGGGCGCUGCAGUGGGAUGAUAUUGAGGUAGAUUGUGUUGAGAUUGAGAAGACUUGGGAGCUUUAG